AUGUUGUCAGCGGGUCACCGCGGUCCGGUCUUGCUCCGGCUGCGGCGCUUCAGGCGGCGGCCGGGGGUCGCGCCCUGCCCGUCCCUGCGCGACCUGGGACGGGAGCCCGUCGAGAGAGCUCGGUCCCGGUGUAGCGACUCCUCGCAAAGAGACGCGCGAGAUGGACGGAGAGAGCGCGAGGCCGCGCCGAAGAAGGCUCCCGCCGCAGAGCCGCCUCCAUCACUCCCCCCGAGCGGCCGGGGCACUGGGGCCAGGUGUCUUUCGUCACUGGAAAGCCUCCGACCGCCGGCGCCUCGAGAGGAACCACCCCUUCGAGAGCGCGAGGACUCGAGCGGAGACCUGGCCCUGUCCGAUCCCGCACACCGGGCGUCCGGGGGUCCCUCGCUGCCCGCCCUGGUGGCCGAACUUCACGGCUCCUCUCCCCGGUCCGCUUCCAGGGAGGAGCCCUUUCGGGCUGGGGAGCUGAUUUUAGCUGAGACUGGGAAGAGAGAAACACAAUUUAAAAAAUUGUUUCGGCUGAGCAACGCCGGGCGUUUAAAUAGCAGCUGGGGGGUAGUCCCGUUCAGCGACGUCGUGGGGAAGCUCCCCGGCCAGGUGCUGAGGAGCUCCUUCGGUAAGCACUUCCUGCUCAGGAGGCCGGCACUGGAAGACUAUGUGUUACUGAUGAACAGAGGGCCUGCCAUAACGUAUCCAAAGGAUAUAAGUAUGAUGCUGUUGAUGAUGAAUAUUCACCCAGGAGAUACUGUUUUGGAAGCUGGCUCUGGCUCUGGUGGAAUGAGCUUAUUUUUAUCCAAAGCAGUUGGAUCACAAGGACGGGUCAUAAGUUUUGAAAUACGAAAAGACCACCAUGAACUGGCUAAGAAGAAUUACAAACAAUGGUGUGAUUCAUGGAAAAUUAGUCAUGUAGAAGAGUGGCCAGACAAUGUGGAUUUUAUUCAUAAAGAUAUUUCAGAAGCAAGUGAAGACAUAAAAUCUUUAAAAUUUGAUGCGGUAGCUUUGGAUAUGUUGAAUCCUCAAGUUGCUUUGCCUGUUUUAUACCCUAAUCUUAAACAGGGUGGUACAUGUGCUGUAUAUCUAGCAAACAUCACACAGGUUAUUGAACUUUUAGAUGGAAUUCGCAUCUGUGAACUUGCUCUCUCAUGUGAAAAGAUAAGUGAAGUCAUUGUCAGAGAUUGGUUGGUUUGCCUUGCAAAACAGAAAAAUGGAAUUUUAGCUCAAAGAGUAGAGCCUGAAAUCAACGUGGAUUUACAAUUACAAUCUCAAAAGGUUAGAGCUGAAGGUGAGAUGCUUCAGGAUGGCCCUGGUGAGAUGCUUCAGGAGGAUGGCCACGAAGAAUCACGUUCUGAUUUUCCAUAUGGAUCAUUUCCCUAUGUUGCUAGACCUAUACACUGGCAAACUGGUCAUACAGCUUUUCUUGUCAAGUUGAGGAAGUUCAAACCACAACUUAACUGAGUACCUCAGAUGACGGCAACUGAUUUGAAGACAGAAAAGUAUCAAAACAGAACUUUAUGUUGCAAAUCAUUACUUUUGUAGAUUGGUAUUUUUAGCUAUUACUGUGAUUUGUAUAACUUUUACUUAUAAUUCUGAAAAAUAACAAAAGCUAAAGAAAGAUGUGUAGCAUUUUAAAACUGCUUAAAUGUCCACUUUGACAUUUGUCUUGUAGUUAGUUUGACAUAUUGUAGUUAAUGAUUCCAAGUUGUUUUAGUUGAGCCAUCUCAUUCUUCACUUCCUGUAAACCACUCCAUAGAUUUGUCUUUCUUCAUGAAAUUAGUUUUCUUUUCUUUGUUUGAUUGAUGGUCAUUGGCUACUGAAAUAAAAUAUGCAUUUUAAGAUAAAUUUUAUGUAUCUGUAUUUUAAAUACAUAUUUUAAUGGCUUGUAUGUAUCUUAAAAGGUACAAAGAAAUCUGGGUUAUUCUAUAUCCUAUAUAAUAAAAGCCUAAUAUGCUAAGUAUCCGACCUUUCUAUCAGUCACUAUCAUGCGCACUGACCACCAGGGGGCAGACACUUCGACAGGUAGGUUAGCUUGCAGCUGGGGUCUGGCCUAUUGGGACUGGGCCAGACAGGCCAGACACACCUUGGAGCCCUCCCACGGUCCCUCCCCGGCCCCGAUUGUGCACCAGUGGGGUCCCUCAGCCUGGCCUGCACCCUCUCACAAUCCAGGACCCCUCGGGGGAUGUUGGAGAGCCGGUUUUGCCCCAACCCCCACAGGCCAGGCCAAGGGACCCCACCAGUGCAUGCAUCCGUGCACCAAGCCUCUGGUAGUAAAUAAUAUGGAGAAACUGGUAAGAAUGAUAUAAUCACCUUAAAAAUUGUAACAAAAGAUGUAACAAUUCUUGCAUCACUUUUUUCUUUCCCAGAAUCAUUUUAACCAGCUAAGAAGAACAUCACAAUUAUUCUGUUACUAUAUAAAUCAAAUGCUUGGAGAAAUAUACUUUAUAAAUAUGAAUUAAAACGAAAGUAUUCACAGGCACCAGUUAUUUAGCAUUUACCAUGUGCCUUACAUUGUUUUAAGACCUUUAUAGUUUUUUCAUUUAGUAUGUACAGCUCAUCUUUAAGAUUAUCCAUAUUUUACAAACAGGUUUAGAGUGGUUAGAUUGUUGUUUAAGCAUAGAUGUUUUAUAGGUUUAAAGUAGUAAUGCCUAGGAGGAUAAAUGCUAUUCCUUGAUUUAUCCCUUAAGCUAUAGCUAUUUUAAAUAAUAUAUAAAUUCUAAAUAAUGUUUUACAUGGUUUCCAUUAUGUGGAAAAUUUUAACCUAAAAUCUCUGCCUUUAUAGACUACAGUCUAUGGAAGAGCUAGACAUUAAUCACAUAAAUAUGAAACUAAAACUGUUUUAUAUGCUCCAAAGAAGUUCAGGGUGCUGUAAUAAGGGUUUUGCUCUGGUUAAGUAAUUACCUGUGAAGUGACAACUGAGCUGAGACCUGACUGGUAAGUAGGAAUUGACUACAGAAGGGAAAAUGGAAACAAAAAGGCCACUGAUGUUGGGGUUGAGUGAAACGAACUGGAAAGAUAGGUAAGGGUCAGGCCAUACAGGAUCUGGUAGCCCUGUGAAGGAGUUUGUUUAUCCUAAGAAAAA